AUGAUGAUGGUCCCCAGGGCUUUUGCCCACAACCCGCUGGCGCAGAGGCAACAGCAGAUGGACUUCAACGAGAAAGAGAAGGAUAGGUUAUCGUCUCGAAGGCAGCCCCGAGAUGGCACACCUCGACCACCUCCUGCCCGUUCAGCUCUCACCCAGGGUCUUUCUGAAGAGCCUGCUGAUUCCCCCCUGCGACCCUCCUCUAACCCUGUCAAGAUCCCUCUGCGGACAACGGAGAGACCGACUCCCACCACAACUCGACAGCCGGCCAGUUCGUCUUCGCAGUCUCCAAGACAUCUCAGACCACCAGCGUCCGAUUCUCCGUCUCAGUCCCUGGAAAUCCCGCGACGGAAACACUCAGCCCAAGAGAUUUUGACAUCGACCACUAUCCCUGUCCGACGGAAGCCCAAGCAAAGACCAAGCCAGCGCUUGCCGAACUGUGACUACGUCGCAGAUUUCAGUAAACUCUUGAGGGAUGAUGUUCCGCCGAGCACUGAUGCGAGCCCCUCCAGCAGUUGGACAACCCCACAAUUCGAAGGACUGUUUGGCAACAUUGACGGCCUCGUUGAGGGUCAAAUGAUCGUGGGGAGUGAUAGUCUUGACCCAGGGCUUCUAUCCUCCAGAUCGCUCUCUACCGAGUCGAUGCCUUCUCUCUCGUCACCGGACGACUUCAGCAGUCUUUCUCCCGCGACUAUCAGGUCUCCUUCUGAUCACCGGUUGCGGCAGAUGGCCAGUUCGGAGGAUUGCAGCAACGAGCAUCCCCUCCUGCCCAAGGACGAGGACGAGGAUUUUAGUGGAACGUCGACACCGGAACUUGUCAUGUCACCGCCGACAAGGAUGAGACGAAGGCCGAUCGUCUCCGACAGAAAGCAGAGCUCGUUCAAAUCGAGUCUCACGGCAUCCCUGAAGGCACUCAAAUCUGCCGCCCUAACCGUCACCGAUCUGGCGAGCCACCCGCCGCUGAUGCAACCAGACGAGUUUCUAACGAGAUCUGUCUUUGAAUUCAGACCUUCUCUUACCGAUGACCGACGUCCUCCACCGUCAGACGAACCCCCUUCAGCUGCCCUCAGAAGGUAUCUGAAUCCGCAUACCUUUGUCCCUCCUGACUCUCCCGCUCAACUGCAUUUCUGGGUCGAUGAAAAACCUACUACACCUUCAUCAGGCCCGGACGCCCGACCAAAAAUCAAGAUCAAGAAGAAAUAUCGAACCCAGAGAGCCCUCUCCCUUGCCACCAACGAAAGCGCCCCAUUUGUGGCUUCCAGGAGUGUCGUCUCCCAACUUCCUCCCGUCGUCCAGCUUGCAACAUGUAUUCCUUCGACCAUUCGCACUGCGCACGCUUCUAGCCCCCCAACGUGGCUUGAGCCGGACGGUACGCCGAGCAACAAGUUCCGUGCUGCGCAGACGCUGUGGGCCGAUCCCGAGAACGGCUUAGAGGAAGGUCAACCGCGGUCACGUGAGCCACGAGAGAAUCGGGAUUUCCUGCGAGUUUUUGUGUGUGAGAUGAACAUGCGCAAGAAUGGCAAGUUGAGCGAAGAUGCGGUGGGCCAUGCAAAGCUAUGGUUACCCCCUGUCGAUGAGGCACCGAAAUGUAGGGAAAAGGAAGCAGAUGAUGCAAUUGGGAAGGUUGCCAAAGGAAAGCGAAGAAGGAUAGACGCGAGGGAAAGGUGGAGGAGUUGGUCAAUCGAGGAUUUGUGA